CCAGGCGCGCCGUGGGAGAUGAAGCUCCCGAAGCCGUGGUGGGCGGGCGGCGGCCUCCUGAACCUCACGCUGCUGCUGAGCUUGGCUGGGCUCCGUGUGGACCUAGACCUCUGCGUGCCGCCACCGGCCGCCUCGUUUUACGAAGAGCUGCUCCCACUCUGUCCCACCCGCCCCGCCUCGGCUUCUAGCCCCUUCCCGGCCUCAGGAGGCUGGGGACACUCCCCCCAGCUGCUUGCCAAGGGCCGGCUGCUGCGCGAAGUGCGCGCGCUCGGCGUCCCCUUCGUUCCCCGCACCCGCGUGGACGCGUGGCUAGUGCACAGCGUGGCGACCGGGGACGCAGACGGGGCCCACGAGCUGCUCGCCACCGCCGCCUCGUCUGCCGUGGGAGACGGCGACCAGGAGGCACCCGCGGGCGGAGGGGAUCGCCCAGAGGCUCACAACAGCCCUCUGGCUGCCGAGGAGGAGGACAAGGCGGCGGAACCGUCGGCGCAGGUGCGAGACACAGACGGACGCGGGAGCCAGGAGAAUGAUAUACUAAAAGAAGAGAGCGAAGCUGUAGAUCACAGUUCCCAGCAUGAGGAAGAUGGGGAAGGGGUACCAGCCCACCUGAAAUCACUACAACCUAGUAGGAAGGACGAAAACAAAAUGAUAGAUACCCAUGACUGGGAAGCAGAGGUGAUCAGAGAGUUCAGAAAUGAGAGCCAUCUACACUGGUCUGAUACAGCUUUCUCUCUGGAAGAUUUAUUUCAACUGCUUUCAUCACAGUCUGAACAUUCCCUGGAGGGCCUCUCUCUGGAAGACAUUCCACCUUUUCUAAACAGUGCCAAUGAAAGUGUGAAUUCCUCAGAACACGACAUAAAUUUAAGCCAUGCUAUAAGCCAUGAUGUCAAUCUUCAUGAAGCCAUGCUGUUGUGUCCUAACACAGUUAGAAGAGAACCAACAAGAACUUCACAGGCACAAGAACCAUUUCUGCAGUUAAAUUCUCAUGCCAAUACUGAGCACACCAUUCCUGCAAUGUCCUUUCCACCUGCUGACAACCAAAUGAGGAAUCUAACAAGCCAAGAUGUCCUAUAUGACCUUGAUUCAAAUAUAUUUGACGGAAUAAACCUUAUGUCAUUGGCCACAGGUUUUAGUCCAUUGGAAGUUUCUCAACUUUUUGAAGAACCAGACUCUGAUUCUGGGCUCUCAUUAAAUCCAAGUUACACCACCACCAAGUCUAAUUCUUCUCACUGUAUGUAUGAUGGUGCUGUAGGUUACAGUAAUGACCUUCAGUCUCUUUGUCAGGAUUUAGGUGCUGUAGGAGGCUGCUACCCAGAAACCUGUAAACAUUGUUACACGAACCAUACGACUGUGUCUGGCUUUCACCAGGAUCUUAAAUGUCAGCAAGUAUUUCAUGACCACACUUACCAUGUACAGCCAGGUGUACUAGAGCCCAACUCUGAAUCUUUUACAUGGUCAAAGAAAAUCAGUGGGUGCCUUGACCCAGACAGAAGCCUGAGCCGUGAUGAACAGCGUGCUAAAGCUCUGCAUAUUCCCUUUUCAGUAGAUGAAAUUGUCCAAAUGCCUGUUGACUCUUUCAAUAGCAUGUUAAGCAGACACUACCUAACAGACUUACAAGUUUCUCUCAUACGGGACAUCAGACGCAGAGGGAAAAAUAAAGUUGCUGCUCAGAACUGUCGUAAACGUAAACUAAACAUCAUUCUAAGUCUAGAAGAUGAUAUCUGUAACUUGCAAACAAAGAAGGAAGCCCUUAAGAGUGAGCAAGCUCAAUGCAACAAGGCUAUUGGCAUAAUGAAACAGAAGCUACAUGACCUCUACCAUGAUGUUUUUAGUAGGUUAAGAGAUGACCAAGGUAGGCCAGUCAAUCCAAACCAUUAUGCACUUCAGUACAGCCAUGAUGGAACGGUUUUGAUUGUACCCAAAGAACUGGUGGCAUCAGGCCACAAAAAGGAAACAAAGGGAAAGAAAAAACUAAACAGGUUCCAGUGA